GAAGAGUACUCAUACGAAGCAGUAGUAGUUGCUCGACGUGGAGAGAAGCCUUCCUCACGAACUCGAGUUCGCAUGAAGCAGCAGUUCUUUCUUGACGUGGAGAGAAGCCCACCUUGCACGCUUCUCCACAGUUCACAUCCAUUUCUACCUUUGCAUCCGAUGCCAUGAUUUCUCUUCUCGACCUUUUAUCUAUCCUUUGAUGGGGCACAAGAGGAUGGGAUUGGCCAGCUGCCCUCCGGGCCCGCGUGUCCCUCCGAUCCCCAUGCUCCUCCACUGCUCCUCAUCCCCGGCCUUCGCCUUUAAAGGCUACCAUGGCCAACCAAAGAUGGAUAAGACAACCAGGACGAGUUAUUAGCCGAUACAUAGGAUAUAUGGUGUGAGGAUUUGGACUCUCUCUCUCUCUCUCUCUCUCUCUCUCUCUCUCAGUGGGUACUUUAUAGCGUAAGGUCCAGAAGGCCAUGGAAGUGGAAGAUGAUGUCUUCUUUGCAGAUCUAAGCAAGCGGAUGGCGCUGCUAAUCAUGGAGGACGAGGAAGAAUCCCCUGCGCAGUGUCCGACGCUUCCGGUUCAGGAGCUUCCUUACAUGCCCCAGAUGUUGAUGCUACCACCACACACCAACGAGGUGGCCUACAGAAGAAGGGAGAGCAAAGGAACAGGAGUCUUCAUCCCACUCUCUGCUGCACCAGGAAGGAAGAACAGGUCAAAGAGAUCCACUGCAGUGGAGGACAGCAGCAACCCCCAAAGGCAGCAGCUGGGCAAAUCUGUUGCAGCAGUGGCUUCUCAUGCCACCGAUGCCGAUCUCAUCUACCCACAUCAGUGCAGUAAGUCGAGUGUGUUGAAGAGGCAGUGCAUGUAGGAGUAUCAAAUGGUCUGUAGCUCACACCAACUGCAGUUUGGGUCUUGUAUGGUGCUGUGUACAGAACAAUUACUCUCGUGAAGAGGGUUUAAAAUAAGCCUCUAACCUCUUCAGUGAAGUGUAUAAUUCUUCCUUGGAAUGCAUUAUUUGGUGUGAAUGUAAAGCAUGAAAAUAAUCAUGUUUUUGA